GUGCACACCUCGCCCGGGGGAGGACGCAGAGCCGGGCAGGCGGCCGGGAUGUCGGCGAAGGAGAGGCCAAAGGGCAAAGUGAUCAAGGACAGCGUCACCCUCCUGCCCUGUUUUUAUUUCGUGGAGUUACCAAUAUUGGCAUCAUCUGUGGUUAGCCUCUAUUUCCUGGAACUCACAGAUGUCUUCAAACCUGUGCACUCUGGAUUCAGCUGCUAUGACCGGAGUCUUAGCAUGCCGUACAUUGAGCCAACCCAGGAGGCCAUCCCAUUCCUCAUGUUGCUUAGCUUGGCUUUUGCUGGACCUGCAAUUACGAUCAUGGUGGGAGAAGGGAUUCUAUACUGCUGCCUUUCCAAAAGAAGAAAUGGAGCUGGACUGGAACCCAACAUCAAUGCUGGGGGCUGCAACUUCAACUCCUUUCUCAGAAGAGCCGUCAGAUUUGUUGGUGUCCAUGUGUUUGGGCUAUGCUCCACAGCUCUCAUUACAGAUAUCAUACAGCUAUCCACAGGAUAUCAGGCACCAUACUUUCUGACUGUGUGCAAGCCAAACUACACCUCUCUGAAUGUAUCCUGCAAAGAAAAUUCCUACAUCGUGGAAGAUAUUUGUUCAGGAUCUGACCUCACAGUUAUCAACAGCGGCAGAAAGUCAUUCCCGUCCCAACACGCGACCCUUGCUGCCUUUGCUGCCGUAUAUGUGUCGAUGUACUUCAAUUCCACGUUAACUGACUCAUCCAAGCUCCUGAAACCACUCUUGGUCUUCACAUUUAUUAUCUGUGGAAUCAUCUGCGGGCUGACACGGAUAACUCAGUAUAAGAACCACCCAGUCGACGUCUAUUGUGGCUUUUUAAUAGGAGGAGGAAUCGCCCUGUAUUUGGGCCUGUAUGCUGUGGGGAAUUUUCUGCCUAGUGAAGACAGUAUGCUCCAGCAGAGAGAUGCCCUCAGGUCACUGACAGACCUCAAUCAAGACCCCAGCAGGGUUCUAUCAGCUAAAAAUGGUAGCAGCAGUGAUGGAAUUGCUCACACAGAGGGCAUCCUCAACCGAAAUCACAGGGAUGCAAGCUCCUUAACAAAUCUCAAGAGGGCCAACGCUGACGUAGAAAUCAUCACUCCUCGGAGCCCCAUGGGGAAGGAGAGCAUGGUGACCUUCAGCAACACACUGCCCAGAGCCAACACACCCUCGGUGGAAGACCCCGUUAGAAGAAACGCGAGCAUCCAUGCCUCCAUGGACUCUGCCAGGUCCAAGCAGCUCCUCACCCAGUGGAAGAGCAAGAACGAGAGUCGCAAGAUGUCCCUGCAGGUCAUGGACACUGAGCCCGAAGGUCAGUCUCCACCCAGGUCCAUAGAAAUGAGGUCCAGCUCAGAACCUUCGAGGGUGGGAGUGAAUGGAGACCACCAUGUCCCAGGCAAUCAGUACCUCAAGAUCCAGCCUGGCACUGUCCCUGGCUGCAACAAUAGCAUGCCUGGAGGGCCACGUGUGUCCAUUCAGUCCCGCCCUGGCUCCUCCCAACUGGUGCACAUCCCUGAGGAGACCCAGGAAAACAUAAGCACCUCUCCCAAGAGUAGCUCUGCAAGGGCCAAGUGGCUGAAAGCUGCAGAGAAGACGGUGGCCUGUAACCGGAGCAAUAGCCAGCCACGCAUCAUGCAGGUCAUCGCCAUGUCCAAACAACAGGGCGUGUUGCAGAGCAGCCCCAAGAAUGCCGAGGGUAGCACGGUCACCUGCACAGGCUCCAUCCGCUACAAAACCCUGACGGACCACGAGCCAGGCAGCAUCGUGCGGGUGGAGGCCCACCCCGAGAACAACAGGCCCAUCAUCCAGAUCCCAUCCACCGAGGGUGAAGGCAGUGGCUCCUGGAAGUGGAAAGCUCCAGAGAAGGGUAGCCUGCGCCAAACCUAUGAGCUCAACGACCUCAACAGGGACUCGGAAAGCUGUGAGUCCCUCAAAGACAGCUUUGGUUCUGGAGAUCGCAAGAGAAGCAACAUCGACAGCAACGAGCACCACCACCACGGCAUCACCACCAUUCGAGUGACCCCCGUGGAGGGCAGCGAGAUAGGCUCAGAGACGUUGUCUGUGUCCUCCUCACGUGAUUCCACCCUGCGCAGGAAGGGCAACAUUAUCUUGAUCCCUGAAAGAAGCAACAGCCCUGAAAACACCAGAAACAUCUUCUACAAAGGAACCUCCCCAACGCGGGCUUAUAAGGAUUGA